AUGUCUGCACCAACUACAGACGAAUGGGUGGAAAUAUCGAGAUUUUUAUUUGAAAACCAAUUUCCCCAAUUGUCUCGGAGCAAUAGAUGGGAAACAUAUAUAAGAUGUAAAAAUCUUGACAACUCGGGAUCAUUGUUUUUCAACUACAAAAAAUUCUUUACGAUAGUAUUGAUGGCUGUAGUGGAUGCACAUUUUAAUUUUAUUUCAAUUGAUGUAGGAUCUUACGGCCGUGGAGGAGAUUCUAAUGUUUUUAAAGAGUGUCCAUUUGGUACACUAUUAUAUGACGAGAAAUUGAAUAUUCCAGAACCAAUUAUACUACCAAAUAUAAAUAGUAGCCCUCAGUGGCCUCAGCCUUAUGAGUUUGUUGGAUACGAAACUUUCGCUUUACACACAAAUUUAUUAAGGGCUUAUCCGGGACGUAAUCUUGAGUAUUUAACUAUAGGUUAUCGAGAGCAAGGCGCACAGUUGAAUGUGCAUUUAGAGUACUUGCCAAUAAAUGGCGUGUAUUACAUAUUUACAUCGAUUCAAGUAGAGCCAGAUUUUACUGAUGAAAUUGUCAAAGCUUGUUGUAUUCUACACAACUUUGUCAGUAAGACAGAUGGCAUCAAUUAUGAAGAUUCUGAAGUCAAAAGUUUUGACGACAUUGAAACCCAAGGAGGAGGGAUUCGUUCACAAGGUGUUGGUGUAAGGGAUUACUUCGCAAACUAUUUUAUGGGCCCAGAAGCAGUGGAUUUUCAGAACAAAGUACUUUAG